AUCGAGCUUUCAAGUCAAGUGCGAGUUUCCAAAAUCCAAUAUCCAAACAAAGUUAUAUUACCAAAAUAAAAUAAUAUUAAUUUAUACGAAACUCAAAGUACACGUGAAUUUGUAACUAGAGGAACAUUUAGUAUUAUACAUUGGGACUCAAUAAAUGAUUUAACCUCAUGUAUGACUUCUCACUACAAUUUUGAAAGAAUUAUUUAAUAAAUUGUUAUUAUGGAGGAGGUUAAAAAUUUGCAUCGUGAUUUAUAUUGCGUGUUAUUUCCCGGAAUUGUUAAAAAUGAUGAGAAGGCGAUUGAAUGUAUGGGAGGCUUGAAAUCUAUGUCACAAUGCUAUACUCAGUCCAAUAAAAAACGGUUGGCAAUGACUUAUCAACCUGAAAAUCCUUUUUUGAGGAAAAUGUAUGCAGAUUCCAAACCAACUGCUGGUGUUCUCUUGAAGUUGAAGGUAAAGAAAACUAGAACUGGCAAUGAAAUUAAGAGAGAGGUCAUUUCAACAUCACUUGUGGGAUCUGUGAAUAAAAUCAAUAAAUUUGAGUCUAUGUGUGACUACCAAUAUUUGCCAGUGGCAACACCUUCUGCAAAGUCUGACAAACCACAAUGUUUUUUAGAAAACUUAUUACCAAGUGGAGUAGAGCAGUUGAAUUUUAUGGUUGAGCCAUCACCAAUGUACAUCACUCCUCCAAACUUCACACGAUCAGACAAACCAAUUAGCUAUUUCUAUACAGAAAAGAGGUAUUAUGUAAAGGACUCAACAAAUGAUGAUUCUAUGAAUGUAGAUGAUGAAGUACAUAAAUUCAGAAGUGAACGUGGUUUGCCUAUUGCAAGAUAUACAUUUAAUUUGGCUGAAGAUUUGCCUCAAGAGCCUAAUGAAUAUUAUCUGAAGAGAAAAGACGCGCGACUGGCAGUAUAUCCAGCAUUGCAACAGGAAUUGGAAGUUGUUAAAAAGCUCUUUGAUGUGAGACCAAUUUGGUCUUUGAACCUUAUAAAAUACCACACAAAGGUAAAACUGAUCUCGCUCAAAGUGAUAGUGCCGUGUUUGGCGAUUUACAUGAAAGAAGGGCCGUGGCGAAUGAUGUGGGUGAAGUACGGGUACGAUCCGCGAAAAGAGCCUGGAGCACGGAUCUAUCAGACCUUGGACUUCAGGAUGAGACAUGCUGCUGGCGUCCAUGCAAUGGUGAUGACUCGUGAUCAGAUAGUUCACUGCAAAAAGACGGACAGCAUUAAGAAUUACAAAAAGUGUUCCUCCGAGCCGCUCUCGUCAGAGGACAUCGUGUAUGAAGGAGCGGUAUACUUCCGCCCGGGAAUGGUGCCUUCUCAACGGCAGGUCUAUUAUCAGUACUGCGACGUGGAGCUGCCGGAGGUGCAGCAGCUGCUGGCGCUGGAGCCGCCGGCGGGCUACCUGUGCCACGCGCGGCGCGGCUGGCUGCCGCCCGACACCGACCAGCUGUGCCGCGACCACAUCUUCCGCAGCGCCAAGCGGACGCUGCUCGACACGCACAAGGCGGACCUGAAGUUCGAGGACUAUAGCUCCGUGGGAUCUGAAUCUGACGAAGAGGAAGCUACCACAAGCACGUCUGUGAACGAAGCGGACGAAUCUCUUAAUAUAUUACAAUGAGUUAUCA